UCUCGCCCUUCUCAUCAGACGGGAAGCCUGGAUUGUGGGCUGGGGGCAGCCGCAGCCUCUCCCCAGUACCCACUGCACACGGCUCCUAGGCACCUGCUCCGGACCCUGGAGACCCUUAAAAGCUGCCAGCAAGCCUGAGAAGACUGCAUUCUGGCACACGAGCAGAGCCAGAUUUCACACUGAGCAGCUGCAGUCGGAGGAAUCAGAGAAAGCGCCACCCAGCCCCAGAUUCCAAGGGCCUGCUGGGGCCUCUCCUCUUCCUCCUCCCCGGCAAGGAAGACCCUGAGGCCGCUGUGUCAGGCCAGCUCCUGGGCUGCCAUGGGCCUGGCUGCAGCCACGCCCCGGCUGCCCUCCCCACUGCGAGGCAGAUAGGGUGGCUGCCGGCCCAGGAGCGCUUGCCCGCUGCCUGGCUGCACCCUUGGGCCAGCGCCUGCUGACUUGGUGGCCACCGUCACUCACCUGAGGCCAUGUAGGCCCUGCCCGGGCCUCUGUGGACACAGCGCCGCUGACAGCGCCUCUGCUCUCAGGGGAGCCAGCACACCACCAUGCCCCGGGGAAUCGCCUGGCUGCGCUAUCUUGGGAUCCUCCUGGGCGUGGUCUUGGGGAACAAGGGCUUGGAGGUGUGGCCCUUGACUGACAGCAAGGACUGCACCGUCACCGGCUUCCUGCGGGACAAGCUGCAGUACAGGAACCGGCUUCAGUACAUGAAACACUACUUCCCCAUCAACUACAGGAUCGGCGUGCCUUACGAGGGGGUGCUGAGAAUCGCCAACAUCACCAGGCUGCAGAGGGCCCGGGUAAGCGAGCGGGAGCUGCGGUAUCUGUGGGUCCUGGUGAGUCUCAGCGCUGCUGAGUCGGUGCAGGAAGUGUUGCUCGAGGGCCACCCAUCCUGGAAGUACCUGCAGGAGGUGCAGACGCUGCUGCUGAACGUCCAGCAGGACCUCCUGGAUGUGGAGGUCAGCCCCAAGGUGGAGGCAGUGCUGUCGCUCCUAAACGCCCCUGGGCUGAGCCUCAAGCUGGUGCGGCCCAAAGCCCUACUGGACAACUGCUUCCGGGUCAUGGAGCUGCUCUACUGCUCUUGCUGUAAGCGGAGCUCCGUCCUUAACUGGCAGGACUGCGAGGUGCCGAGCCCGCAGCCCCACGGCUGACCGCCACCUGCGCGCCCCGUGCUCCCGGCUCCAGCGCUGAACUCCAGGC